AACCUCGUGCUUUGUCACUUGUCCUGUUUUUCUCGUUCUUGCUCCUAAAGAAUCUCCUGCCACUUUGUAAAUUUUGCUUUCUUAGAAGGUGGUGAGCUGAUGAGCACAGCUGGCUCCCUGAGGCCCUCCAGAGAAUGAGGUGGCACGUGGCUGCUGCUUCUCGACGACAGCAACAUGGGGCCUGCAGAGCUCACACAUACAUCCAGCCUCUGUGAAGGGCCAAGGAAGCACACAGACAUGGCAGCUGAGCCUGAGUGUUCACCUCUAGAUGGCGGCAUGCCAGCCGAGGUGGAGGAGCAGCCCAGUGAGGAGUCCAGGCCCCCUACAGGAGCCCAUAUUCAGGCACCUGGCUUCGAUAUGAUCUACAGAAUCGAGGAUGUACCACCCUGGUACUUGUGUGUGCUGCUUGGACUUCAGCACUACCUGACGUGUUUCAGCGGGACAAUCGCUGUGCCAUUCCUAUUAGCUGAUUCAAUGUGUGUGGGGCGUGACCAGUACACUGUCAGCCAACUAGUUGGUACAAUUUUUACCUGUGUGGGCAUCACUACUCUCAUACAGACCACCUUUGGAAUCAGGUUGCCCCUGUUCCAGGCCAGUGCAUUUGCUUUCCUCAUCCCUGCUCAGGCCAUUCUAGGACUGGAGAGGUGGAAGUGUCCUCCUGAAGAGGAGAUUUAUGGAGACUGGACCCUUCCUCUCAACACCACUCAUAUCUGGUACCCCCGGAUUAGAGAGAUUCAGGGGGCCAUCAUCGUGUCCAGUCUGGUAGAGGUGGUCAUUGGGUUGGUGGGGCUCCCUGGGCUCCUGCUCAACUCUAUCGGGCCACUGACUGUUACCCCCACCGUGUCCCUCAUCGGCCUGUCCGUCUUUCAGACUGCAGGAGAGCGAGCAGGCAGCCACUGGGGCCUCUCUCUGCUGUGUAUCUUCUUCAUUGUGUUCUUCGCUCAGUAUCUGAGGAACUGGGCCUUCCCCUUUCCAUUUUAUUCUAGACAGAAAGGCUGUCACACCACUCGCUUCCAGAUAUUCAAGAUGUUUCCGAUCAUCAUGGCUAUCAUGCUCGUAUGGCUUGUGUGUUAUAUUCUCACGCUGACAGACGUGCUGCCCAGUGACCCAUCAAAGUAUGGCUACAAGGCUCGCACUGAUGCCAGAGGGGAGAUCAUGUCCCAGGCUCCGUGGUUCCGCAUGCCCUAUCCCUGUCAGUGGGGCUUACCCACAAUAACGAUAGCUGGCGCGCUGGGAAUGUUCAGUGCCACUCUAGCUGGCAUAGUGGAGUCUAUUGGAGAUUACUACGCCUGUGCCCGUCUCUCUGGAGCUCCCCCGCCCCCUGUUCAUGCCAUCAACAGAGGGAUCUUCACAGAGGGCGUGUGCUGCAUUAUUGCAGGCCUGCUGGGCACAGGAAAUGGCUCCACUUCUUCCAGUCCUAAUAUUGGAGUGCUUGGCAUCACCAAGGUGGGCAGUAGACGAGUGGUGCAGUAUGGUGCAAUCAUAAUGUUGGUUUUGGGGACCAUUGGCAAGUUCACAGCUCUAUUUGCCUCACUCCCAGAUCCAGUGCUUGGUGGCAUGUUCUGUACCCUAUUCGGUAUGAUCACGGCUGUGGGUUUGUCCAACCUGCAGAGUGUGGAUCUGAACUCCUCACGGAACCUUUUUGUUCUGGGCUUCUCUAUGUUCUCUGGCCUUAUGCUUCCCAACUAUCUGGAAACUCAUCCAGGCAGCAUUCAGACAGGUAUGCCAGAGUUGGAUCAAAUCCUUACAGUGCUCCUGACUACGGAAAUGUUUGUUGGAGGAUUCUUAGCGUUUUUAUUGGACAACACCAUACCAGGGACGAGAAAAGAGCGUGGCCUCAUAGAGUGGAAGGCUGAGGAUUCUUUUAUUACGGCUGGUGUGAACUCGGACACAUAUAACUUCCCCGUUGGCAUGGGGCUGGUAAGGCGGCUUGGCUGCCUGCGCUACCUGCCUAUCUGCCCCACUUUCCAGGGAUUUAAGCUACGCCGGCGCAGAAACAGCUUGUGUGAGAAACAGGACUUCAAGAAAGUUAAAAGUGUGAUGAGGGACACUCCAGAAAAUGUAACCACCAAAGUAUAGCCAUAGAUAUGUACUUUAUUGCUCGAAUUUAUUGUACUUUUAAAAAUGCCACCAAGGGACAUUUGUUAUGUGUUUAUUACUGCAUUAUAAGCACUAAUGUUGAAUUCACACUUUAAAUUAUAAAUACACACAUAUUCACUGUGGCAAACUGUGAGUGGGUCUUUUAAUUCAGAAUGAUGUUGAGCAGAAGGUGAUUAAUUUGGCUAAAAUAAAUGGAGCGUAAAUUGUUUGUGAGCAUUUAUUUAUUUGCUUUAAUUGUAUACAAAAUUCACAAGUGAUCAACAAAAAAAACAAAAUGUUUCCAGAAACUCAAAAAAGGUUCAGAUUCUUCAAGACUUAAGAUGCAAACACAAUAAGUCUCAGUGUAAAAAUACAAUGUUAAGCAUUUAUUUAAAUGAACACAGUUCUACUAUGUGAUGUAGGAUAUUUAAGAAAAAGGCUUGUUAUAUUGUUAAAACAUAAGAAUCAAUAUAUCUGACAUACAUACUCCUAAAGUGUGAAAAAUAUACACUCUCUUUUGUCUUAGUAAAUGAAUCGUUAAGUGGUAUGUGUAUGUGUACAAAAGAGCCUAAGGGCAGUGCAGCAUUUCAGCUAAAUACUAUGUUGAUUUAGGCACUGGCCUGUGGAUCUGUCCCUUUGUUUCUGUUUUCAUUGAUUUAAAGGAAGCACAGACAGAUCUCUGUCCCCUCAUUUACCUCAUUCAUUACAAAAGUCCAGUGGGAUUUGCUGAGAGGCCUUCAGUGAGACUACAGACCUCUUGUAAGGAGAAGCAUCAGAGAGAGAACAAUAAACACAUCUACAAGGCACCAAAGGGAAGUGACCCGGUACAUACUUUACAAUACUUUGCGGAUCAGUUCCAAUGAAACAUUUCAGCUCAUAUAAUAGUUAUAAUGAACAUAACUAUUUCAAAAUAAAAUGACACUGUGCAGCUUAUUCUUUUUGUUGUUAAUAAGUGUUUCAAGAAAGUGCUUUUAGCAAUGUUUACAGUCAAUAAUGUACAUUUGAUUUGAUUCAAGCUCCAGAGACUGUCCACUUAAUUAGUGACCCAUCCAUUAUAUGCUAAACAUGUUAAAGACUUUCAUGUACCUGGGAUUUUCUGUUGACCUAAGCUUCUUCUCCCAUUCCAUGGGUCAUUCUACCACUGUGGUGACAAAUGAUGUCCCACAAAUUUGCAGCCAUGAAAAUGUGCGUAAAAAAAAGUAAAGCACAAAAGGUUGAUCUAUAUGUAAUAUUUGUUUUAUUCUUAAAUUACUCAGCAAAACUAUGAUAGUUUUUAUUUUUGAUUGAGUUUUAGUGAUUUUUGUUGUGCAUGAAAAACAGCAUGUCAUAGCCGUGGCUUCACUGAUUAUUUGUAUUUGAAACAAGGAACUGAUGCUGUUUUUCAGUUCAAAAUGUAUAAAUGUAUUCAAAUUAUUGUCUGUCUUAUGUUAAAAUUAUUUUGAAUAUGUAAAGAGAAUUUUAUUUUGAUAUCUGUCAGUGGUGUUACAGAAACAUAAAAUGUCAUUUACAAAACUGGAAGAUCUUUUUGAAUGACUUGUUUAAAGGAAGAAGGACUAACUCUGAGAAGUUUUAUAUUUCUGAUAAAUUUGGGCUAAAGUACUAACAGAUUCAUGUGUUGCAAAAAGAUUGACAGUGGCCUGAUUUUUAAAUUGAAAUAAAAUAACAAUGUGAAAAAAGCUUUUUUUAGAUAUGAUGUAACUGAAAAUAAAGUGACUGACAAAAGCUCA